AGAUGUUCAAAUUACAGUUUUUCCAUCGUGUGCUAUUAUAUGUAAUAAUAGUUAGAAUUUAAUAAAGUAAAUAUAUAAUAAAACUCAUAUCGGGCACUACUACGUAUUUCGUCGUAAACAUAAAAAUAUAAAAACAAUAAACUAUGAAAUAUAUUGUUCUAAGCCGGCACGAUAAGGAGAUGGAAUGUGCUUUACACAGAAGAUUUUCUUUAUUUUAUGUACGAUAACAUUCAUAGAAGCAGUGAACAUCAAAAUAGAUGGGCUCAUAGAUCUCGGACCGAACUGGAGUUACGAGUAUAAGAUCCUGAGUCCCGGAACAGCUAGCAGACUCGGAGACGCCAAGACCAACGAUGACAGUUCCGAGGAUCAAGACGAUAAGCCGCAAAAACGAGUCGCUCACACAGACCACGACAAAUUACAGCAAGAUGAGGAAAGACUGACUCAAAAAGAAGCCAAAGUGCGAAAACAAGCAGCGGAGCUUCGGAAAACUGUCCACCAUGAAAAACAUAAAACUCCAAAAGAAUCUGAUAAACGCAAGAAAACAAAACACGCAAAAUCUACUGAAAAAGUUAAACGAAAAACUGAUAAAGGCGAGCGUAAACCUAGAAAGCACGAACGAAAAUCAGAUAAACAUAGCAAUAAGAAGAGUGAGAAACACAAGAAGAAAGAUGAUCAUCAUGAAAAUAAGAACAAGCACGAAGUUAAGAAAAAGGAAAAACAUCACGAGUUUGAAAAAAUGCAAGAAAGUCUUGAAAAUGAUGAUGACAAAAAGAGUCCCAAACAUGUUACGUUCAGCUCCAAAAGUGAAGAAAGUUCAUCUUUAAUCGACAGCGAUGAAGCAACCACGCCGAAAGAAGCCACAAGAUUCGAUAUGUACGACUUUACUACUCCAAAAAAAGUCAGAAAACCCAUCGAUCCUUACGAACCAACGCCUGAGAAAGUUGAGAAAUUUAAAGCAAAUAGUAAUGAAAAACAUGGUCGGGUAAACGAAGAUGCGGCUUCAUUUAUUGACGAAACUAAUGCCGCAUUUAAUGAGAAACUUGCUAAGGGCCAUAAUUUAAAUAAAACUAAUGAAAAUACAGGAAAAGUAGCUAGAGCGAAUGGAACUGUAGUAACAAAUGCGACUAAACCAACCACGACUGUAGUUACCACAAUGAGAACCGGCGAGAUAUACGACAAUAAGACACACAAAAUUAAGGACGACGCCAAAGUUAAUGACUUCACAAAUCAUUUGUACAAACAAACACUCAAAGUCUUCGACCUUGUUAAAAGCAAAACGAGUCAGUACCACGUUAAAAAGCAAAUAGAAGAAAUAUCAAAAAGCUACGAAGAUAAAUUCAAAGAGUUUCUAGCUGAUACCAAAACACAGAAAAUAAAAACCAGGUUAGGAACCCAGAAAGUGGUUUUGAACACUAUAGAUAUGUCCAAUCGUAUUUUGAACCGCUUGGUUAAUUUUAUGAUCGGGGAUAUGGAUAAGAAAGGUGUUUUGAGACACAAUGUUGGCACAGCAAAUAUAUUCCAAAAGGAAAUACAGAAAGAACAAAAGCUGGAAUUAGGACACGCCUGCAAAAAGUUCGGUAUAUGUCGCAGUGGGAAGGGCUUCCCAGAAUUCUUAACUGACGUACUAACUAUCCUCCUCCAGUGUGACGACAAGAAGUUCAAGCAAAGCAUUGAUGCCUUGACCGAGGUUGCAAAAAAUACAAAUUACCACAACGCGCUCGAAAGUCACACGGAACAGAAGUUAAAAGAGGCAGUCGACAAAAUGGAGAGAUUACCUGUAAGACUUUUACGUCCUAUUUUCAUGAUAUUGAAGAACGUUAUUACGCAUAAAAAUCAGCCUUUGAUCGUUGAGACUCUUAGUGCCAGUCAUCGGGUCAACUCUACGCUGGCAUUUUUAGAAAUUAUCGACUUACUUGAUCAGAAGAUGCCUAGAAACGAGUCGAAUACUCUAGAAUGGAUAGACAUAGAAACUAGCUUGAGGGACUUUGCAGAUAAUAAGCGAUAUGACGUUCAAGAGAUAAUGGAAAUUAUUAUAAAGACCCUCAAGAAGACUUUGAGGGCUUUAGACAAGGAUAGUCAAAGGAUAGUAUCGAAAAAUCUGAAUAUAAUUUUCGGUUAA